AUGGAGCCGCCAUUCAUGAUAAAGCUGAUGGCCUCGUCUGUUUCGAUCGCCACGGUUGCGGGAUCAAUAAUUCGUAGGAUUCUUGCAAGUGGCAAACUUGGCAUCGUCGAUAAAGGUGUCAAUGACUUACAGACUCAGGCUGAUCGAAGUGUGCAGCAUUGUAUUGUUACCUCACUUUCCAAAAAGUUCCCAGGAAUUUGCAUAAUCGGAGAGGAGGAUUUAGGCAACAAUGAACAACCCUAUUCUGAGUUAGUGGAGGAUACCGAUCCAUCUGUACUAGCUAAAAACUGUCCAAAGGGUCUGGAAUCUACAACUGUGGAUGAUGUCGUUGUGUGGGUUGAUCCUUUGGAUGGUACUAAUGAAUUCGCACAGGGUGUAUUGGAGCAUGUAACAAUUCUUAUCGGGGUUUCUGUGCAAGGUCGCGCUGUGGGCGGAGUUGUUUGCCAGCCCUUUUACAUGGCUGACUUCCGCGGGUUUAUCGAAAAUGCCGGGGAACAGGAGCGUCAUCCACGAGUCGAGGAGACGCAUCAACGUCUCAUCUGGGGCCUCGAGGGUCUCGGAGUGUUUGGCCUUGCUGGUGAACCGAUUGCCAAAGCGCCCGUCUUUUCCCCCACCACUGUUGAUGAACGUGCCAACUGCAUCGUUUGCACCAGAUCCCACUCAACACCCACCGCUGCUGCUGCUAUUGAAUCUUGCGCUCCCUCCAAGGUCUACCGGUUAGGUGGAUGUGGUUUCAAAAUGCUGAUGUUGCUAGAGGGCGUGGCACACGCCUACGUCUACGCCAGUACAGGCUGUAAGAGGUGGGACACGUGUGCGCCCGAGGCCCUGAUCAACGCCAUCGGCGGUCGAGUGAGUGGCGUGGAUGGACAAAGUUACAGCUACGCGGGCAACGUUCAGCCCAUCGACGCUCGUGGUGUUGUCGCUACUCCUACUGCCGCCUGGCACUCUGCAUACAUCGCCCGAAUACCUCAAUCAGUUGUCGACAGUCUCUGCGCCUUCGCCCCCUCCAAUGAGUAG